UGUAGUAGUACGGGAUUUGUUGUGGGGAUAAACGAAAUGUGCCAGAAAAAUGAAUAAACAAUUAUUAUGAUAUCAAUGUAGUUUUUCACAUUAAAAGCUAACAGUGUUGAAAAGAAAAUUGCGACAGUAUAAUCAGAUUGAGAAUUGAAAGUGGAUCACUUAUUUUUAGAAGCAGGAGUUUUGUUUUUGUAGUAAAAUUAUUUUUCACCGUUAUAAUUAAAAGUUAAAUUCAAUGACCAAAAAGUAUACACCAAGAUGAAGGAAGUUUUAGGAAAAGAAAAUGGACUAAGUUUUAGAGGUAAAGAAAACCUUUCAGUAAUUGAUGGUUCUCAAAAAAAACCAUGCAACUCUGAGAGUACUAAAGAAAAAAUAAAUCCUAUGGUAUAUAUCGUAUUUUGUUCGUUACUGCUGGAUUUACUUGCAUUCACUAUGAUUCUACCUCUGUUUCCAUCUAUAUUAGAAUUUUAUAAAAACAAUGAUAAUUCCGGCCUAUAUGACUCUUUAUCAAAUAGUAUAAAAUACUUUCAAAUAGCAUUGAAUGCUCCCGAAAAAUACAAUUCAGUUUUAUUUGGAGGAGCACUUGGGUCAAUGUUUAGUUUUUUGCAAUUUUUAGUUAGUCCUAUAGUUGGUGCGUUGUCAGAUGUUUUUGGAAGAAAAAAAAUGAUGCUUUUAUGUGCUUUGGGAAUUGCGUUUUCGUAUUUCAUAUGGGCUAUUUCCCACAAUUUCGCAAUAUUUGUUUUAGCUCGAUUUGUUGGUGGUUUGAGUAAAGGAAACAUAUCAUUGAGUAUGGCCAUAAUAACAGAUGUCACUAAUGUUUCAACUAGAGGAAAAGCAAUGGCUUUUGUUGGCAUUGCGUUCUCUCUCGGUUUUAUUUUGGGACCUCUAAUUGGCGCCAUGUUUGCUAUGUUUAUGGAUAAAACAACAAUAACCUGGUAUUGGUUACCUGCAAUUUUUGCGAUGAGUUUAGCUGUUUUAGACGUUUUAUUCAUAGGAUUAUUUCUCAAAGAAACAUUACCAGAAAAUAAAAGAGCAUCUCACGUUGUUACUUCACUCACGCAAGCCAUGGAUUUUGUAAAUGUGGUUUCUAUAUUUAGGUUUUCGGCUGUGAAAAAUAUUAAAAAGGAUGAUAUUAAUUUUUUGAAAAAAAUGGGGUUCAUAUAUUUUUUUUAUUUAUUUAUUUAUUCUGGACUUGAAUUUACAGUAACAUUCCUAAUGUACCAUCAUUUUAAAUACACUUCACUUGAUCAAGCUAGGAUGUUUUGUACCACUGGUGUUAUAAUGGCAGUUUUACAAGGGGGUGUAGUAAGAAGAUUACGACCAGAGAAAAUAAAGCCCUCAGCAGUGUGGGGAUUGUAUUUGAUAGUCCCUUCCUUUCUAUGCGUUGGUCUUGCUCCUACCAGUUUUUGGUUGUAUUUUGGGAUGAUAUUAUUUGCUAUAUCUACAGCAUUCGUUGUUACAUGUCUUACAACAAUAGUGUCUCAAUUUGGAAAUCAUGAUCAAAAAGGAACAGUACUAGGUAUAUUCAGGUCGUUAGGUGCAUUAGCCAGAGCUCUAGGACCGUUUGUUGGAUCUAUAGCAUUUUGGGGCUUUGGAUCAACAUUAACUUAUGUUUUAGGUGGAAUUUUAUUAUUAUAUCCAGCAGUAUUGUUACAUAAAUUAAAAAUUUAAGGUCGUUAAUUAUAUUUUUCUUUUGAAUCGAUCUAAGUGUAGUUAGUA